AUGCUCACAGGAACAGGAAGCAGAUACAAGGCCGCAGAAAGAAGAAAACCCCUUCUUCACCCUCCAGCUUGUGUGAUCUGGUGUCCCUAUUGCCAGAGUGUAGCAGGAAGCAGGUGUCAAGGCAGAAAUACUGUCUGCAGAGUCCCAGCCCAGCCCCACAAGCUGAGUACAGAAGGAAAUGCAGUUUUUAAAGAAAUUCGAAUGUACUUGAACCCACAAAGGACUGCGAGGCAUAGUAGCACGCGUUCGCCAUCUUGGCCACGCUGGUCGCCAGCUCCUCACGCCGAGUGCUCUGCCCGCCUCAGCCUCCCGAGCUACUGGAACUACAGACGGAGUCUCGCUCACCCAGUGCUCAGUGUUGCCCAGGCUGGAGUGCGGUGGCGUGGUCUGGCCUCGCGGCAGCCUCCGCCCCCCAGCCGCCUGCCUUGGCCUACCAGGGUGCUGGGAUUGCAGCCUCUGCCCGGCCGCUGCCCCAUCUGGGAGGUGGGGAGCGCCUCUGCCCGGCCGCCCCGUCUGGGAAGUGAGGAGCGCCUCUGCCCGGCCACGAACCGUCUGGGAAGUGAGGAGCGCCUCUGCCCGGCCACCCACCGUCUGGGAAGUGAGGAGCGCCUCUGCCCGGCCACCCACCGUCUGGGAAGUGAGGAGCGCCUCUGCCCGGCCACCCACCGUCUGGGAAGUGAGGAACGCCUCUGCCCGGCCACCCACCGUCUGGGAAGUGAGGAGCGCCUCUGCCCGGCCGCCCCGUCUGGGAAGUGAGGAGCGCCUCUGCCCGGCCACCCCGUCUGGGAAGUGAGGAGCGCCUCUGCCCGGCCGCCCCGUCUGGGAGGUGAGGAGCGCCUCUGCCCGGCCACUCAUCGUCUGGGAAGUGAGGAGCGCCUCCGCCCGGCCUCCCAUCGUCUGGGAGGUGAGGAGCGCCUCUGCCCGGCCACCCCAUCUGGGAAGAAGUGAGGAGCGCCUCUGCCCGGGCGCCCCGUCCGGGAAGAAGUGAGGAGCGCCUCUGCCCGGCCGCCCCGUCCGGGAAGAAGUGAGGAGCGCCUCUGCCCGGCCGCCCCGUCCGGGAAGAAGUGAGGAGCGCCUCUGCCCGGCCGCCCCGUCCGGGAAGAAGUGAGGAGCGCCUCUGCCCGGGUGCCCCGUCCGGGAAGAAGUGAGGAGCGCCUCUGCCUGGCCGCCCCGUCCGGGAAGAAGUGAGGAGCGCCUCUGCCCGGCCACCCAUCGUCUGGGAGGUGAGGAGCGCCUCUGCCCGGCCACCCAUCGUCUGGGAGGUGAGUAGCGCCUCUUCCCGGCCACCCAUCGUCUGGGAAGUGAGGAGCGCCUCUGCCCGGCCACCCAUCGUCUGGGAAGUGAGGAGCGCCUCUGCCCGGCCACCUAUCUUCUUGGAAGAAGUGAAGAGCGUCUCUGCCUGGCCGCUCCGUCUGGGAAGUGAGGAGCUCCUCUGCCCGGCCGCCCUGUGUCUGGGUAGAAGUGAGGAGCUCCUCUGCCUGGCCGCUCCGUCUGGGAGGUCUACCACGGAGGCCAGAAGCAAUGUGGGGGCUGGACGUGGUGGCUCACGCCUGUGGUCCCGGCACUCUGGGGGGCGAGGCGGGUUGAUCACUUCGGGCUAGGAGUUCGAGACCAGUCUGGCCAACUUGGCGAAACAUGAAGAAUACAACAGACAAACCAACCAACCAACUCAGUGACAACAAAACAGGUCUACCCUGGAGUCAUACUCUAAUUUUUUCUAUUUUCUUCCCUUUCUGAUCCUUUAUCCCACUUUCUUUUUCUUCCUCCUCCUUCUCCCUCUUCUUUGUCAAAUAGAGGAUUGAGUUAUUAUCACUGAUCCAUAUAAAGUCCCUCUCUCAUUUAUUUUAACUCCCACCCCCCCAUUUCUAUUCCCCGACUUCCCAUGUGCAACCUUCCUAAUAUGUUUGAUACGCAUCUUUUUGUUUGUAUGUAUUUUUAGAAAAUGUUUAUUGUUUUUGUAUGCAAAAAUUAAUAAAAAAACAAAACAAGAAUAAAGCAUUAGUUCUGGGAGCUAA